UUUUUUUAUAAAGUACAGUUAUUAGCUUGCAAGGAUCUACUACAAGCUCUGGGGUACAAAGGAGCAGCAACACUUGCCAAGGAGUGGGACUUCAAGUUUGAAGGAAACUUCACCCGAAAGAACGAAAGUUGUCCAUCUUUGACGGUGGAGUGUGGGACAGAAUACUCUCAGCGAUGAUGCUUGUUCUGGCGUUAGUGCUGCUGCUGCAGCUGGCUUGCUUGGCCCUGGGUCUGCCACAGAACGGUGCCUUCUAUAUCAACGGCAACAGCAACGGCAAUGGCCAUGGUAACGGCGAGUAUUACAACGGGGUGAAGCUUCACAUCGAGGCACAGGAGGAGCGCCUCUUUGCGUAUCGGGGAGAGAACGUGACGCUGAGCUGCCGCUACCGCUACGAGCCGCCGGCCAAUGGCAGCCGCAAGGUGCGCGUGAAGUGGUCCAAACUCAACAUGGACUUCACCAAGGAGAGUGACGUGAUGGUAGCCAUCGGCCUGAGGCACCGCAGCUUUGGGGAGUUCAAGGAGCGGGUGUACCUGCAGCAGGCCCAGGAGAGGGACGUGUCGCUUGUCAUCACUGACGUCAGGCUAGAGGACUACGGCAAGUACAAGUGCGAGGUGAUCGACGGGCUGGAGGACGAGAGCGCCAUUGUCGAGCUGGAGCUACGAGGUGUGGUCUUCCCCUACCAGCCUCACCACGGCAGGUACCAGCUCAACUUCCACGACGCCAAGCAAGCGUGCGAGGGGCAGGACGCCAUGAUCGCUUCCUUUGAGCAGCUGUUCCAGGCGUGGGAGGAGGGCCUGGACUGGUGCAAUGCCGGCUGGUUGGGCGACGGCUCCGUGCAGUACCCCAUCACCGCGCCACGUGGCCCGUGCGGGGGAAAGGACAACUCGGCCGGCGUACGCAACUACGGGCAGCGCCACAAGCACCUCCACCGAUACGACGUCUUCUGCUUCGCCUCAACCUUGAAAGGUCAAGUCUACUUCCGCCGCCACCCGCUGAAGUACAACUAUGAGGAGGCAGGGAGGGCGUGUCAGGACGAUGGCGGAGAGAUAGCCAAGGUUGGGCAGCUCUAUGCCGCGUGGAAGUUCCUCAAGUUCGACCGGUGCGAGGCGGGCUGGGUCGCCGACGGCAGCGUGCGCUACUCCAGAGUUUCAUGAUGAUGCCACCCUCUGAUACCCUCCUCUUGACCGGCCAUCAAACCCGGGACCCUCCAGAUCUUCAGUGAGUCUCGAAGAACCAAUGUCUCCUCUGUGCUCCGGGUGCUUUAUACACAUGGGGGCCAAGGAACGGCUCACACUCAGCGACUUCUCCCAGCGAUUGGCGCGAUUUCACCUUUAAAGAGAGAGCAAUCUGACGAUCUGAGAAAUCAAGUGCUUUGUUUAGCCGGUUAUCCAGAAAGUAAAGUAUUGUAAUAACUAGAUAUUCGGAGGGACUGCAUAGCCCUUUCUUACACGGGACGUAAGGGUGGGAGCGGGGUGGGAUGUAGAGGAGAGCGAUUUGGGGCAUUACAUUUUUU